CUAAUGAAGCGCUGAAGUAUGAGUUCAAAGUUCCCCCGGAGGGGUUCAAGCGUCAUACAAGAUCUCUUGCGGGCUUUAAAUGUGUUGUCAUCUUUCUGUGUUUCUCUGUCAUCACUCCCGCAUAUGGCCAAUAUUUGUCGGACAACAAGGGGUACCAACAAAAGCCGAUGUUUGUGCAACCGAUUAGAUGUGAUAGUCCGACAUUCGGGUUCGUGGACAAGCUCGCACACUUCACGAAUUUCCUGCUUCUGCUCAUUUCCUUUUACUUUCAAUACCGCUAUGCAAAACAGAACCGUGAUGGGAACAACGCCCGCCAGGACCCAAUCGCACCCCCGCAUGCACUGAUGUAUCGUCAGCUGCCUGCACUGAUGGCCAACAAUACUAACCCCUUCGUGGCUUAGGCCACAAAGG